AACUUGAGGAAGGAUCCAACAUUAAUACCUUUCUUUUAAGUCUGAAAGUGAUUUGAUAGCCAGGCUUUAACUUCCCCACUCCAGCAUUGUGGCACAUUUUUAUCCUCAUAGACAGUCUCGUCUGCAAAGAAACGAAAGGAACUUCCAUACUUGUCCGUUUUACCACUAGGGUCAAUUUUUGACAAAUAACAUUGGACCAAGAACCGAUCCCUGUGGAACUCCAUCACCGCAUGCUGAUGACACCUCCAGGAAAUAAACUCCUACAAUGAGUGUGUUAACCCUGACAUCAGGGAAAUUCUGGGUCAAACUCGAGAAAGCAGGGGAGAAAAGGAACUUAUGCUCAGAGUAGUUACCACUGUAACUUAAAUACAAUGUUCAAAUAAUAAAAUUAAUUGAUUAAAUGCAACAAAAUGAAAAACCGACUGCAGACGGUGAAGUCGCUGAGGUAAAAGGUAGUAACAUCUAUAGUGUGCUAGUGUUUUGUUGUUACUGUUUUUAUUUAUUGCUUGCUCUGGCAGAUUCCCUUAGAAGUACGCUGACUGAUAAACAAAGGAGGUUUAGUUUGGCAGUAUUUUUUAAUUAUUUUUUUCUCCUCUUCAUCACGACAGUACCAAAAAACGGUGAAGCAGCUGAGAUCCACAUGAGACUAUUAUAAAGAUGGCAUUGAAGAAGUGUUCAGCCUGAAACAAGAAGAUCCUGAGGAACAAACAGCUCGGUUUUCUUUCUCCUGGAUCCUCUUUUUGAGGAAUGUGAGCUUACGGACUUGUUAAUAUUGUUUUGGAACCUCUGCAGUUAUCCCUUCAGUUUGCAAUUUUUUUAGCAAAUUAAAAAUUUGUUGUGCAGCAUACAUAACAAAACGUCUUUCUCAUUAAUUUCUCAUCGGCAUAGAAAUAAAACCCCAAACCCCCAAUGCUUUGUAAUAGUAUGUAGAUACUAAAAAGCAAAGGUCCUAGGACAGAACCCUGGGGAACAUCGUGAUAGUCUGAAAUUAGGUUUAAACCACUCAAGCACUUUAUCAGAGAUACACCGUGGCCACCAAUGCGUUGUAGUAUUUAUAGAGUAUGCCCGGUUAGUCUAAGUCAUUGCUGCAUGAUAGCAACUUGAAAGCUGCUGGAAUUUCCCAGCUGCACGACUUUUUCACUGGUGAUGCUAUCAGUGUACCAGAUCUUGAGAAUCCACCGGAGACAAUGCUGGCUGUUCAUUUCUAGAUCGUGUUUGCCAUUAGCUUCUGUGUUAGAUUGUGACUUUUCACAACAAUAGACAACUUCAUCUUAAGAGAGAUUGAACCUUACAAAGAUGACUGCUUUUGUUUUGGUUUUUUCCUAGACCUGACUCAGAAGAGUCAAGAGCUGAAGGAUAUGGAAGGAGAAGAACGGACUGAGAAAGAUCGUUAUUUAAAAAUUGGAGAAAAGAAGACAGAAUUUAACAGUUUUACCUGCCAUCGCUGUGGAAAGAGUUUUAAUCGAAAGCGAAACCUUAAGGUCCACGUCAGAGUUCACACCGGAGAGAAGCCCUACACCUGUCAACAGUGUGGAAAAAAAGUUUCAUUCAAAAGCAAAACCAGGACGUCCACAUGAGGAGUCACUCUGGAGAGACACUUUCUCUGUAAACAGUGUGGAAAGAGCUUCACUCAAAAAGGAAACCUUGAAUUCACAUGAGAGUUCACACUGGAGACAAGUCUUACAUCGUGUCUACACCGGAAGCAACAACACGACAGAAACAGAAAGAGGGAGCAGGUCACGCUCAGGGAUGUGUUGUGUUGUAUUUAUUUAUUUAUUCAUGAAGCCCUUUCCAGGCUACACAGUGGAAGUUAUUGAAACGUUAACAUGCUGGAGAAAACGAGUAUGACUGUAAGCGAUACUUAACGUGAAGGAUGCUCUCACUUUGAAAGGUAGGUGUUCUGUUCUUGGGUCACCCUUGGGAUCAUUAAAGUCCGUUUUGAGAAGUGUUUGUAAACACGUUAUAAAUGUUAGAAAUGCAUUCCUGAAACAUGAUGCAAAGACGGUGAACUAUAUAAUACUUAACGGUGGAGUUAUACCGUUAAAGUUUUUCACCAUUUUCUUGAUCAGGAUUUAUUGGGCGGGUCUAAAUCAGAGCUCAGUGGAGCCGUGAGCACUGAAACUAACAGAAAUGUUUUGGACUUUAUUGUGAAACACUGAUUGUUUGCUAUCUAGCUAUGCCUUCGUCACGCUACACGGUUGCUAUAAUUUACAAAACAACUGAGCCUGGUCUUCUUAUUUAAAUGAGUGGUGUGAGUGGGCGUGGCUUCAGUGCCGCAGAUGGACACGCCCACAGGAUUUGGGAGCAGAUACCUUCUUUUAUUUACUUUUCAAAUUUGUCUGGGUGUACAACAUGUUUCUGUGGCGUGACAAACUCCGAACGCACGUUUAAUAGUGACUUCACACUGAAUUUAAUAGUCAUUUAUUUGGUACCAAAUGCUGCAGAAAGAUCCUAUAAAAAUUGUACAAUACUCUUUUCUACUAAAAAAAAAUUGUCACCUGAUGGUGUUUCAUCUUACGUCUGUCUUAUUUAAGGACAAGUGUUAUUAAUCUGACUCCACUUACACACUUCUAGAUGUUUUGUAGAUUAUUAGAAUUAUAUUUGAUGAUGUUUCACAGCAGUUUAUGUUCAGUAGUGUGACGUUAACGUGUGGACAUUUCUUUAGUGUGUGAAUGCACUGGUAACAGUGAGGAAUAACCGCUCAAAUAACGCUAAGUUGGGUGAAAACUAAUACAAUUAGACAAAGAUGGAUUGCUCUUUUCUGAGGUAAACGUAUUCCUCUCAGUUAACAUGGCUUUAUAGAUUACUUUAGGAGCAUGCUUUGCCUCCUCUUCUACAUUGUGUAUGAAGUAUAAUAUGAAGAUGUGAAUAAGAUAUUAAAACAACACCGCCACCGUGUGGCCGAUGAAUAAACGUGUUGUAGUUCUUAUCAGUGUCUUAUUGCAUGUUUAUAUCAGUUAAGUUUUUAUUAAGUUCAUCAGUAACGGAGAUAAGCAUUUACUUGAAGUGGGCUCCCACCGCUAACAUAAAAUGGAGAAUUACUGACACAGAAGUCGUUUUUUAAAAUUCAGUUCAUGUGUGUUCUAGUGCUUUUUUACGACAAAGCAGCUUGACAGAAAAACGCAGUGAGCUACCACAAAACUAACACUACAGUACGGGAUGAUAAUAAUCCUGAAUCUUCAUCUGAAUCAAACGAUUCGCUCCACGUGAUCCGACUCGAGAGAUCCGAAUCACGGUGCGACUCAAUGGUUCAACUGACUCGGUUUCAAAAAGCUCUCUUGAUGCAUUUUCCGUCGUAUUAUAUAACGUUUCGUGACAUGAUAUUUACUUGCCUAAAACGACUCGAUCACGUUCGUUGUUAAGAUCGCGCUAACAUUAGGUUAGGCUAUAAUAAUACAUAAAAUCUUACUCUGGAGAGGACAACGGUUUCCGCACCCUGGCCGCAGUGUUUAAUUUUAGAAGGAGGAGAAGAUUUUGGUCAAUCCAGUCAUCACUUCCUUAGUUACCGUCCCCAUGGCUACAGACAACAAGCCGUGUCCGCUUUCUGUCGGGAUGUUUUGACCGCGGUGAGAAAACACCGAUCUCCAGCCAAACACACAUACUCUUGUUCCUCGUCUCGGAGUAUAUAUAUAUACAUCACUAAUCGUGUCGAAUCCACGCGACACUCUCACCAGGGUUAGUUAUUGGUCGACGGCGACUUUGGGAAAGUCUACAGUGAGGUUCGUUUGGUUUUGGAGACAUGAAGGAGUCGUCCAGUCUGACAGACUCCGAUUACUACCUGCUCUUCAUCAGAUGCUCCUCUCAAACAGAACUGUGGGCGGCCCCUGGCCUCGGUCAAGGGCCCAGUGGGUGUUAUCUGGAGGAGCAGGUGUUUCCGCUUCUCCUCCCUGGUCUGGAGGCUCUGCUGAAAGAAGCACAGAAGCACCGCUGCUUGGAGAGGAAACGGACAGCGUUUAACGGCUGUGACUUCCUCACUGAAUGGCUUUACAAUAAAAACCCUCGUUGGACAGAGCGAACGCCCACAAGUUUCCAUGAGAUUCCUUUGGUCCAGAACUGGCUUCUUGAACAUCCCAGGCCGCCCGUCCCAUCUUCUCUACUUCUGACAGAUGAGCAAGCUGCGCUGUUGAUCCAGGCUUUCUGGAGAGGGUACAAGAUUCGUGCGCGUCCAGAUGUGCAAGAGUUAAGGCAGUGGCAGAGAGACCUGCGGGAAGAAAACUGUGACAUCAACAAAACCGUUCAGGACUUCUGGGCCCGUCAGGAGAAUCGAGUUUGGUCGGAGUUGGUUGAACUUGUUGAUCGCUCUGACCAGAAUGUGGAGGCUGGUGUGUCCAUUGAGGUGGUUCCUCCUACACCUCAGAGCAGAGCCCUGAAUACACCAGCUCCUCAGAGAACCUCAGAGAGAAAAGAGCUGCUCACGCCAAGCUUCUCUCCCCCACGCACCAGCGCUCUACAUCAGGUCAACAACACAGCUGUAGAAUGAAGCAUUCCUGCUGUGGCUCUAUUGCAUAACCUGGUUUUGCUGAGUUGAAUGCGUUCCUGGAUCAACAUCUCAUUGACCCUGGGACAAUACUGUGAUUAACCAAUCAGAUUUCAAGAACCAGUUAAUAGUUUUUGUGAAGUGUAGGUUUACAAUCAGUGCUGGGUGCUUGUACAUCAGUGUCAUUCUUCUAUCAUUUACUUUUUAGGCAUUACUCACGGGUAAGGUUAGGUUUAGGUGUAGAGAUUUGGUCAAGACUAAAUAGUUUGAUUAAGAUGUUGUUCCAGGGUCAACAAAAUUUGUUGACCAAGGAACAUGUUGAAUUUUGUAUGUCUCCCUAAUUGGUUACACCCAUUUCAGGUCUUGUAGUCUUGAGCUGAUUCACAUAUAUAUUGCCAGAAAGUUGCUCUGCCCUCAAUAAAAAUAGAGGAAUUCAAUGUAGAUUUAAUCAUAACAAAAUGAUUUAAUAUGUAAAUUUUAUAUUAUGCUUUGAUAUUAAAUAAAAAAAUAAUAGUGUACUUAAAGGGAUCCUACACCCAAAAUAAAAAUGAUUUUUUUACUCA